UCUACUUCCUAGUGUGUGAUGUGAGAUGCAGGCAUGCUCAGUUGCCUGUGCCUACCCCUCCUAUCUCAGCAACAGUGCCUACAAUACUAAGAGACCGGUUGCAUCAGAAGGGGAGCUGGAAAGCCAUCUUUGCUAGCAGCUGGGAGUGAGAGAGGCAGCAGAACCAUAGCAGCUCAGCAGCCUGCCUGGAAGAAAACAAUGUCAGCUCCAGCUCCCAUUCAAGGUACUGGAGGUACCACCAAUCUUGGGGCAGGAGGUCCUCCUUCCACUGCCAAUGUGACAAGCAACAGAAGGCUUCAGCAGACGCAAGCACAGGUGGAUGAGGUGGUCGACAUCAUGCGAGUGAAUGUGGACAAGGUUAUAGAAAGAGACCAAAAGCUGUCACAGCUUGACAAUAUGGCAGAUGCAUUACAAGCUGGUGCCUCACAGUUUGAAACCAGUGCAGCCAAACUGAAGAGAAAAUACUGGUGGAAAAACUGCAAGAUGAUGAUCAUCCUUGGUGUAGUAUGUGCAGUCAUUCUUAUUAUAAUUAUAAUUUAUUUCUGCACUUGAAUAAGCAAUGACGGAAGGCUUGGCAUGGCAUGGCUUUGUUCAUAUCAACCAACAGUAUCAACAUUCUCUCAUUGAACUCUGCUUUUUAAUUCCUGGUGUCUCGGGGAUUUUUGCUUGUAAUAACUCGUAAGCAUUCAAUGUAGUGUGUUUUGGUAUUAUGUUGUUUCCACAAGAAACUGUACCAGCUGAAUACUGCCAAGUAGUUCUAUACAUUGUAUUAUUUAUUAUCACUGUGUCUUAAAAUGUGUCCACACUGACCUUCAGAAAUCAUGAUAUAUAUGAAAAACAUCCUAAACUUUUUAGCAUUAUAAAAGCCAUUAUGAGAAAAUGUCUUGCUUAAAGGGACUCUGUCAGGUUGAUUAGCACUAAAAUUAAAGUUCUGUUAAAUAUUGAAAUAAAUUAUUAAACCUGGGAUGCCUACACUUAGACAGCAAAAUCCAAAGCCAGACACCUGAUUUUCAUGAGUGACAAGUACAAGCUAAUUCUGUUGAAGUCAGUAGUACUUGCAGAUGUUUGCCAAACUUUUUUGUCAAGCUACUUGGUACUUAGGGGCUUAAAUAUGGAAGCUGAAGCCUAAUUUUAGUCAUGCAAGUUUGCAAUGUUGGUCAAAGAAAAACAAUGGGAGUGUGUUCCUGAAUUUAAAUUCCCUUGAGGAGUUUACCAUAUAAAUGCUAUAGCAUUGUGCUAGGGUAUGAAAGCUGAAAGAGAACUAUAUAUGAAGUAAGAAUGACUGUGACUUGUGCAUUUCAAUUGUCCAAGCCAAGUUAGAAGGUAAAAUUGUACAAGCAUCAUCAUGACAAAAAAUAAUUAGAUAGUCUGGCAAAAACUUAUACAUGUUUGACUUUAAGUACAUGAACUGGCUUAUUGAAGCUGAAGGAGUUCCACAGUAAGAGAACUGCCUAUAUAGAUCACUUUGCAGGAUGGCUGCAUUUAUCUCCUGGUGGCCUACAAAAUGACAGAAUCGGUCAGUGGGGGUGAGAAUGGUGUUAGAAAUAGGGCCUAGAUUGUUCUCCUAAGAAAGGUUCUAUAGAAUGAAUGAGACAAAGGAGUGCUGAACCAUAGCACUAUUAUUAGUAUGGCAGGUAAAAUAGUCUACUUAAGGAGCUGUCUUCAUUAUGGGGCUGCCACCAUGUAACUGUGCCAGCAGAACUCUGGUGGCAGAUUCCCCCGCAAUGGAGGCAUGGCUUAUGGUAGCAGAAGAGGCAUUUCUACUGACUUAACCAUUAGCUUCCUGAAUGACAGACUCUAAGGUGCAGCUGUCCUGUCUGGAUAGCUGCACACAGAUAAGCUGCUUUGCCUGCAUAGCUAGCUGGCUGUGCUCUCAAGCCUCAGACAAGGGAACAGUAAUGCUGGCAAAAUUUUGAAGUGUAGGUCUGAUCUAAAAAUAUGUAUGUAUAACUUUCAAACUGAUAGUAUCCCCUUUAAAAAGGAUUCUUCCAAGCAUUUUUCAUACUCAGAAACUCAGUAUUUAUACUACCCAGGAUAUAACAGUCCUUCUGCAGUGGAAGCCUGAAAUUGAAAUAUAUUUUCUUUCAAAAACUUUUUUCAUUGUUUAUUAUUGUACAGUUACAAGGGGUUUUUGUUUGUUUUUUAAGUUCAGUUGUUUUUUAACUCUGAAUAAUUUGUUCUGGAGAGGGUGAGACUGCUACCCAGAAAGAAGGAUACGGAUGUGUUUUUUCAAUCAAAUAAAAAUAAAAAGAUCCAUCAGAAUUUUGAGCCUAUCAGUCCUGAAUGGGGUUCAGUUGACACUAUGCUGGACAGUAUACAAAGACAGAAUCAGCUGGACCCCAUCAGGACUGAUAGGCACAAUAUUCUGAUGGAUCUUUUUAUUUACCAAAUAAAAAAUAAGAUUUUUUUUCUGUUAAUUUUUAUCUUUGGCUGCCAUUUAGCUAAACUAUAUAAACAUGGCAAUACACCUAUAAAUAGCCUCACCGUAACCCAUCUCUAGCUAAGUCAGUAAGCCAAGCAGUGUACGUAUAAAUGCAACACAAUAUAUUACCAUGCACAUACAUAUAAACUGCUUAAGUAUAAUUCUGCAGAGAGAAUAAGCAAUGACUAAUUGAAGGGCUCAGUUACUUUAUUUUUGCUUUCUAUUUAUAGAUUUAUUUUUACAUGUACCAUUUGAUAUUGAUAAAUAACAGAUGCCUACAGCCUUAAUGAAAUGGAAGUCAUUUUGAGAGCUGCUGAUGUAUAACUGAGCUUAACGGUAUAUCCUGUUUAUUUCAAUCCUUCAGUUUAGAGAAUCAGUGCACAAACAAUUUAAAAAGCCUGUGGACCAAGGAUAAAGCAUUUUUUUCAUUUUUUGAAGUUGUCAUAAGCUUGAUCCUGCAAAGUAGUGUUUCACCCCUGUUGAAGGGGUGACUCAGUACCUUGAAAGUCAAGACCCUCACUGAAGAGAAAAGGAAAAGCAGUUCAGCUUCAGAGGUUUUAUUUUUCAAUUACCAAAAAACUGCCAUUAUUUCAUACUGGUUGGCAGUAUGAAAUAACUACCAGCUGAAGGCCACAUUCUGUCACUCUUACUCAUGUUCAGUAUACCUUAUCCAGAUGAGAGUAGUUUGCACUAGUGAAAUUAUAUGUAUGUAGUAAGGUUGCCAACCCUCUAGGCUUGGCCAGGAGUCUACCGGAAUCAGCAUCAAUCUCCCAGUGACUACUGAAAGCAAUCCGGGAGAUUUUAAUAGGAUAUUUUAAGAAAAAAAAAAUCUUGCAGAAAAACUUCAGGAAAAAAACCUCCCAGAAUACCUUCAGUCAAAGUUGGCAACAUUAGUAUGUAGUUAUGCUUUUGCAAAUAUCUAAUGCAAGACUUGCAGCACCAAAACAAAACGGGGCUUAUCAGGGUAAGUUGUCCUGGUGCAACUAGGAGCACGUACCUAUGUGGUUACAAAGGUUCAAGCUCUCUUCCCCUCCUAUACAUACCAACUACAAACACAAGAUGAAUCACUGCAGGUUUUGAGUAAGGAUGGCAGAACUGGGUUCUAUAAUGAAAGCUUAGAGUAAGUUGUCCCAGGAAAGGGCAUAACCAAAGCAGACACUUUAGGCAAGGGUAGAGAGGGAUUACUGGUGCUCCCUAUUAGCUCAUGCAUGUUAUAUACUGAUACUAAAAAAUGUAAUUGUAAAUUGUGCCUCAAGGAUGGGGGAAUGCAUACUCACUCUCCUAUAGGAGCUUUUCUUGGUUUGCCCUCUUGCCCUCCGUCAUGUUCUCUAAUGAGGAUGAUUGCCAGACCUCAGCAAAUAAUUCACAAAGCAGUUUAGCCAACAAAUGUAGCUUCUAGUGUCUUACAGGAUGUCUGCAGACAGACAGAAAUGUCCUUAUGCUUGUUAAUGGACUAUUACAUGAAUGUGUUUUACUCUGUGUAUUCAUCACAAAUAGUGGUCUUGCAGGUGUUCAACAUUUGCUAUUUGCACAGUACUGGUCAGUAUGACUGGUAAGAUAAUUUAUGUGGUCUUGUUUCCUUCUAUAGUUUGAUGAAUAAGUAACCACCCCCUUCCCUGCCCAGUAGAGCUCUAUCCUCAAAGUUCAUGUAGACUAGACUAUUAAUGGUUUCCAAAUGGGAAAAUCAUGUUACUCAGGCUGUGUAAGAUGGGACUGCAUGAUACCAUACAUGUCUGUAUUGUGCAAGCCCCAUAAUAUCCUCUGUGUAUAGAGCACAGCAGGUUGCAGUCUAUGGAGCUACACAAAAAUGUAAUUGGAGUAUUGGAGCCACUAUUUAGAUUUUUUGCUUAUUAAGUUGUCUUUAAAAAAAACAGAUGAAAACCUAAAUCAGUGUAGAAUUCAGGCUACCUAUUCUAACACCCAAUAGUAGUGUGUUAAUUCACCCUUGUAUAUAUUUGAAGUUAUUGGUUAGAGUAUAAAAGACCAAUUAUGGUGUUAGAAGCAUAUAUACCCAUGGGUGAGGCUGAUUUACAUGGCAUAUUGGAUGCCAUGUAACCCACAAAAGAUGCAAUGAUAAUUUGGCUGCUUGUGUUGAUGGCCAGCAUAUUUUAUAGUAAAUAGUAGGGCUGUGUGAAAUUUCACUGGCUGUUUCAUUUUGAUGCUGUUUCAACUCAUUUCAAGCUCGAAACAGCAAAAUCGAAACAAAAUGAAGGGCUUCGAAACAGCCUUGAAACAAAACGAGGGCAGUCCAAAUGUUUCAAAAGUUUUGAAACAUUUUGAGUUUUGAAGCUAAAGCUGGGCUUGCCUGCAGGAAAACAAAGCAAGGAGAGGGAAGGGGAGGAGGGGGGAAAAACUGCUCUGAUAUUGACUGUUACAGUUUGGCUGCCUGAGAUGCUAAUGUGCUGCUUAUUAAGUUAUUAUCUGUUGCCGUUUAAAGUGUUGGACCAGACUGAGGCUCUAGGGGAGGAGGAGACCUCAUUGGGACACACUACUGUGUCAUGUAGAGGCCUCAGCGCCAGUGAGGGCAUGCCUUACACACACACACACACACACACACACACACACACACUCUCUCUCUCUCUCACGUUUUCACAUGAGUUUUGCUUGUCAGCAGCUUGAGGUGCAGUUUCCCAAAAACCGCUGUACCUAUCUCCUUGAAACCUGGCAGGCUUCAUGCCUUUAGAAGGGGCUACCGUGCCUGCUGUUUUCACCCCCUUGUGCCUUCACACUUACCAAUGACAUGAGUUUUGCUUUCAAGACUUUGAGGUGCAGUUUCCCAGAAACCUCUAAAUGCAUCUCCUUGAAACUUAGCAAGCUUCAUGCCCUCAGAAGGGGCUACCAUUCCUGCUGUUUUCAUCCAAAUCAGCCACAAAAUGACAAAGUUAUAGGCAGUUUUGUGCUUCCCCAUUAUAGCCUAUAGGCGAACCAUCGAAACAGCGAAACAGUUUUGACAAACCAAAAUGGAACAGUGCUUUCAAAACUUGAAACAAAAUACUGUCUCACUGAAAUGGUAAAAUGGAAGUUUAUACAAAAUGGUGCUGCUUUGCACAGCCCUAGUGAGUAGAGCACCUCCCAAGUCAAAAACAUGACUCUUUAUGAGCUGAAGAGUCAGGGUCUAUAGCUAAGAGUUGUAGCAGACCCAAGAUCCCUGUGCAUCUGGUCAGAGGGAAUGCUGUAACACGGGAGCCAUGGACACCUGAAUAGGCUAUUCCUGGAAAAAGCCAGUCCCCAUGGGGAAAAGAAAGAUAUUGUGUCCACAUAAUGCAAUUCUUUGAACUAAGAUAAAGCUACCCAAACCCUAUAAGUGUUGUACUGAUUCUAAUCCAGGACAGGGUUUGUUUGUUUUUUUUACCAAAGGAAGGUAAUUCCUUCUGGGGCAGCUUUUUGUUUGCAUGCAUUUACACCAAGACAAUUUCCUCCAUGUUUUUCCCUUGAGGUUCCCUGUGUCAAAGCAACUCUUUUCAGAUAUCCAUGGCUGCACUGGCCUUUAGGUUACACUUGCACAAGGUAAAAGGUUAGCUAGGACUGCUAGCAGGUUCCAGCAUCCCAGAAGGAGCACAGACAGACAAAGGAGUGUCCAGGGACCUUCGCAGAGCUCCCCAUAUCAGUCUGCAGCUGUGGUGCUGCUCUGUACCUAUUCCACUGCUGUUGUGUUGAUGUUGUAUGUGCCCCCAGCUCCUGUCCUGAUAUUGCUUCCAUUUUCCAUGCUCAUUGUACAGGUUUCCCUCGAUUUAUCCCAGUUCUUUAUAUGAGAAUUCGCUCUUAUGCGUUGAGCAUAUUUAGAUCCAUAAUUCAUUAUGCGCGAGGUAAGUUUGCUAAUAUGUGAUCAGCAUAGAUGCCACCCCCCGCCCAAGCAGGUAAUUCUGUGUGGAGAGGGGAAAGGGCAAUGGCCCCACUCAUCCCAACCCCAGCUGCCAGCUGCCUGCAGCCACUGGG